AUGGAGAAACUCCUCUUCCGCGCCGCCCGCCGCGGCAAAAGGCACCACCACACGCUGCUCACCCUCCUCCUCAAAUCCGGCACCAACCCCAACGCCACCGACGCCCACGGCCACACCGCACUCCACAAAGCGUGCCAGUCCGGGCACCACUCCAUCGUCACCCUACUCCUCUCGCACGGCGCCAGCGCCACCGCAGCCACUCACAAGACGCUGCAGACCCCGCUGCACCUCGCCGUUGCCGGGCGAUUGGAGCCGACGCUGCUGGGCGGUGUCGAGCUGGGGGAGCUGGGGGGCGAGGUGGACAGAGUUGUGGGGGCGCUGCUGGACGCGGGCGCGGAUGUGGAUGCGCGGGAUUUCAGAGGCAGGACCGUGCUGCAUGAGGCGGUGUGGGGGGGGGAUGUGGCGAUGGUAAGGGUGCUGGUGGGGAGGGGGGCGAGGGGGGAUUUGAGGGAUAGGGAGGGGAAUACGGCGGUGUCGAUGGCGAGGUGUGGGGGGAGUAGGGGGGUGAGGGAGUUGUUGGUGGGGGGGGAGGGGGAGAAGGGGCCGUGA